UUCAUUCAUCCAGACAAAAACUUUUUUCAUUCUCUGAUUUGUUGAUCCCCCUUUCUUUCUUCAACCCCUUGAAUUUCACACCCCCCCAACUUUCACACUCUCUCUCCAUCUCACUCACUGUUCAAAUUCCAUUUUACAAACCCUAAUUUCCUGUAUCUAUCCGUAUUCAUAUCCAUCUAUACGACUAUACUCAAAGCCCUAACUGAUUUUCGCAGCAUUCAGAUUUGAAGCAACACUGAAUUGAGUUGACAGUUACCUGAUAAAGCAUAUAUAUAUAUCAUUGUUAUUGAUAUGUAUAUAAUUAUUUGAGGAAGAAAGUAAGAAAAGGAUUUUUUAAAAGUAUUUCUAGUGAAGAUGGCAGAUGCAGCAGCUAUUAUGGAAGCUGCCGGUUCUCGAUUUACUGAUUUGGAACUUAUCGGAAGAGGAUCCUUUGGUGAUGUUUAUAAAGGGUUUGACAAGGAGAUCAACAAAGAGGUUGCUAUCAAAGUCAUCGAUUUAGAAGAAUCAGAGGAUGAAAUUGAAGACAUUCAAAAGGAAAUCGCAGUUUUGCAACAAUGUCGAUCUCAAUAUAUUACAGAAUACUAUGGAUCAUAUCUUCACCAAACUAAGCUAUGGAUAAUAAUGGAAUACAUGGCUGGUGGAUCAGUUGCCGAUCUAAUUCAACCAAAUCAACCAUUGGAUGAAAUGUCAAUUGCUUGCAUUUUACGCGAUUUGCUGCAUGCCAUUGAAUAUCUCCACACUGAAGGGAAGAUUCACAGAGAUAUCAAAGCUGCAAACAUUUUGUUGACUGCUAAUGGUGAUGUUAAGGUGGCAGACUUUGGUGUCUCUGCACAAUUAACCCGCACAAUUUCUAGAAGAAAGACCUUUGUAGGAACACCAUUUUGGAUGGCACCAGAAGUGAUUCAGAAUACAGAGGGAUAUAAUGAGAAGGCAGAUAUCUGGUCUUUAGGAAUAACUGCAAUUGAGAUGGCGAAGGGAGAGCCCCCACUUGCUGAUCUUCACCCAAUGAGAGUUCUAUUUAUCAUACCAAGGGAAAAUCCACCUCAGUUAGACGAACACUUUUCCCGUCCUAUGAAAGAAUUUGUUUCAUUGUGUUUAAAGAAGGCUCCCGCUGAGAGACCUAGUGCAAAGGAACUUCUGAAACAUCGCUUUAUUAGGAAUGCUAGGAAGAAUCCAAAGCUCCUGGAGAGAAUCAGAGAAAGACCGAAGUUUCAAAUUAAGGAGGACGGGGAAAGCCCUAAAAAUGGUACACAAGCUUUUGGAGAAGGUUCCAAUACCAUGAAAGUGACUAGGGAACCAAGAGUUGAGGAAACUGUUCGAGCCAGUGGCCAGAGCAAAACUCAGAGAAAUGCCGGAUGGGAUUUCAGCAUAGGUGGGUCCGGAAGCACGGGAACCGUUAGAAGUGCAGUAAGACCACCUCAAAUCAGAGACCGGAAAACCGACAUUCAAGCAACCCAGAAGAGGACGGUGGACUCUGGUACCAGACGUUUAUCAGAAGCUUCCAGAAGAGAGUUUAGAGAGUCGGACCAAGACAAAAAACAAGAUUAUUACAUAGGUGAUGAAGAUACAUCUAUGGAUGGCACGGGAACAGUUGUUGUGCGAUCUCCACGAACUCAGACACCGUCACUUUUCAGUGAACAAAGUACCAUGUCAAGUAGCACAUUUAGCUCCGCUGACGAUGCUUCAAUCAGUGGAACCUUUGUCUACCGUGGUCAACGUGAUGAGUCAGAUUCUCCUAGAACUCCAAAGUCAAGGCUGGGAAUUCAAGAGAAAACUUCAACUGCUACACAUGAAGAUAGUGCAUCAAACAUGGCAGAGGCAAAGGCUGCUAUUCAAGGAGGGAUGAAGAAAGGACAUGCAAAAGAUAAGUCUGUUAUGAGCAAAGUUAAGAAAGGUGUCCAAGAAAGUGAACGAGUAGAGAAGUCAACAAAUAGCUCAGAUUCUUCAAGGUAUUCAAGCGACUAUUAUGAUGCAAUAAAAGCAUUUCCUAAACCUCGUCAAACAAGUAGUGAUGAAGAAGAGAGUGCCAGGACUUCUGCAUCAUCAGCAUCAGCUCCACUGUCUGUUCUAAUAAUCCCUUCAUUGAAAGAGGCAGUUGCAGAUGAUUUAGAAGCAUCUGUAGUUCGUUCUGUGAUAAAUUCGUUGAUGGAUAUGGAAUACACCAAGCCCGGGUCUUGUGAAUUUCUUGUCACUCGGAUGCUUCACCGGUUAGCAAGUUCGAAGGAACCAUCAUUGAAGGAUCUGCAAGAUGUAGCAAUACGUGGAUUCUCCAAGGGUAAAAAGGUAAUAGAGCCAGAGAAUGUGAAUGCUGAAAAUGCAGAAGCUGAUAUCAGAAAGAAGCAACAGGAGAAAGAAGCUCAGUCUAAUGCCAAUUUAAGCCCUCUUGCAAGGUUCUUGCUUUCAAGAUGGCAAGGCCAAGCAGCGCGAGAUCUCAACUCAACUUAGAGAGGAUCUUAUUGUUGAUUAUAGUUACAACUUUGGGUGGAUUUUCUGUUCAUUAUUAAUUUAUUCAACUGUAAAUAACCUCGAGAGAAGAUAGUAACCUUAUAUUUUUUUGCCAUAUUCUUCUCAAUUUUUUUUGGCUGUAUAUUUCCUUUUUGCAGUGAAGUAUUGUUGUAUACUCGGGGAUGUUGCUCAUGAUUUUGUGGGCUAUAAGCUUAGUAGAUCCGGAUAAUUAGUUA